AUGUCAAAUCACAGUCUGCUACGAAAAGACCAAUUGGAAGUCAGCCUACAUAAUGAGAAGAAGCUCAUAGAGGAGGGUGUCCUGAAAGAGGACAACCCUUUAGAUCUGACCGAGGACUUCCGGAGGCUAUGUGAGGCGUCGAGAAGGGGUGACUUGAAGGUGUGCCAGGAAAUGAUACAGGAGGGUGCCAACAUCAACGCUAAGGACCAAUACGACUACACCCCGCUCAUUUUGGCCAGUUUAUGCGGUCAUUACGAAACUGUCCAACUCUUGCUAGAGUCCGGGGCUCUUUGUGAACGAGACACCUUUCAGGGAGAACGUUGCCUAUACAAUGCCUUGAACGACAGGAUACGGAAUCUCCUAUUAUCAUACGACUAUUCGAAAUCGACGGAUCCAUUACAACCAUUAGCAGCUCAUUUGACUAGCUUGCUGUAUCGACAACAGCCAAGGACCUCCGACCUUACUGUGGCAGCUGGUAAUGAUAAAGAUCCCUUCGAGUUGCACAAAUUUAUUCUUGCGGCGAGAUCUCCUUAUUUCAAGAAGAAGCUUGAUACAGCUCCGGAGACAACGGCAUGGAAAUUGCCAUCCUCAAUUCCACAGCAGUCUUUUGGCAUAGCCUUGAAGCAUUUGUAUUUAGGUGAACUGCCGAGAGAGCUUGGUGGUGGUCCAGGCACCGGCUUUUCCGACUCGGAGAUCUUGGCAGGUGUUGAUAGAAUCAGCAAGCAUCUGGAAAUCAAGAAUCUGUCCGAGCUUAUCCUCGACAACAGCGACCGCCGAUUGGCAAGACAAAGACGACAAGACGAUGUCCAAUUUGGAGUUAGUCAACUUGAUGCAUGGUUCCGGAACAAUGUUCUCUACCACGCCAUUGAGAUCGAGACAUCGAAAGCCAACGAUGUGAAGUGGGACCGCGUCAAUGGUAUCUUCGCUGAUAUCCUGCUUCGUGCCGAUGAGGAUGAGGAUGAGGAUGAAGAUGGAGACAUUGUCCAGAAACUUACUGGAGACACGAACGUCAGUACGAAUGCGCUAGGAAUUCCUCUUGGGACUGGCACACCAUCAAGAUCACCAUCACGAUCACGAUCUGUUCGGAAGUCUAAACUGUAUCCAUGCCACAAAGCGAUGCUGAUACGGUCGGAGUUCUUUAUGACCAUGUUUGAUUCCCACUUCAAAGAGGCGCAAGACACGCCGCACCUGCAGAUAAUACCUAUCGAUUGUUCUCCAGCUGUACUCGAGAUCAUUCUAGCCUUCUUGUACAGUGAGAGGUCAGACUUCGGUUUGGAUAUCGCAAUAGAUGUAUUAUUUGCAUCCGACAUGCUCUUCUUAGAAAAGCUGAAAACAAAAGCAGCAGUGAUCAUCUCAACUUUAGGCAAUGGUACAGCAACAGGAAUGCAAGAUCAACUACAAAGAGAUGACGUUGACCUUGAUAUCUAUGAGAUUCUCCGAGCAGCCUGGACGACCCGAGUUCAAAGGCUGGAAGAAUUCGCUGCUCGAUACUUUGCCUACCGCCUGGAACAGUAUAUCGACGAGCCGGCUUUUGCGGAGAUCGUGAAAGAAUCGGCCGGACGCAUUCAAGCUCGACAAGAGACAGAUACAAUCGAGAUUCUGGACGACAUCAAGUACUAUCUCAGUGAGCGUUUCCGUUUGCGAUUCGAGGACACUGGAUUCGACGAGGCCUUGGCUGCUGAGGAGCAGGCACAACAUGUCGAGCUCCAGGACAUACCGAACAUUGGUGAUUUUGAGACGUCGAAGAAGCCAGCAGGUGUACCUACGGAUGAAGGUGUCGAUAUGAGUUCGCCACCACGAGAAUUAGAGCACGAGGUUCCGCCACAACAAGAAGUUUCGCUCGAACACGAAGGCAUUAUCCGGACCCUGGACGGUGAGGUCGCUGGCGAUGAAUUUGAACAAGAUGCCAUGAAUUAUCAGAUUCUGCUUGGCAAGAUCGACACUUUGCUGGACCAACUUAAGCUCGAUGCCUAG